GAGGCCGGUGUGGAUGACGCAGGCUCCAGCAGGGCAUCAUAACAAGCCAGAGGCGCUUUAUCUUAGCCUCAGAAACUUUGUCCCCAGGGUCUGGCGGCAACGGUGUCUGCAGAAUUACCGGGCUCCAGGGCAGGAAGACCGAGCGGACCGGACGUGUCCCGGGUCCUCUCACUGAGCUCGGAGCUCCUGCAUCCCGGAGUUCCCGAACUGGUCCCCUGACGCUGUCGCUUGAACUUGGAGCAAGACCUCCCUCAGUCCCAAGACCUCCCUCAGUCCGCCGCGCCCCGCAGCGGCUGAACGCCACCAGCCCGCAGCCAGGAAGGAGAGGAGGGAGAGAGAUGUUGUGGUUGUGGUUAGGGCUCCUCGGGCAGAAGCUGUUACUCUGGGGCGCAGCAAGCGCGGUCUCGGUGGCCGGCGCCACAGUCCUGCUCAACAUUCUGCAGAUGCUGGCUAGCUAUGCGCGGAAAUGGCUGCAGAUGCGACCUAUCCCAUCGGUGGGUCCCGCCUAUCCCUUUGUGGGACACACUCUGCUAAUGAAGCCCAACGGAGCAGACUUUUUUCAGCAGUUAAUGCAGUACACAGAGGAAUUCCGACACCUGCCCCUCAUUAAACUCUGGAUUGGACCAGUGCCCCUCGUGGCUCUUUAUAAGGCAGAGAAUGUGGAGGUAAUUUUGACCAGUUCAAAGCAAAUUGAUAAAUCAUUUCUGUACAAGUUCCUACAGCCAUGGCUGGGCCUAGGACUUCUCACAAGUACUGGGAACAAAUGGCGCUCCAGGAGGAAAAUGUUAACGCCCACCUUCCAUUUUACAAUUCUGGAAGAUUUCUUAGAUGUCAUGAACGAGCAAGCAAAUGUAUUGGUUGGCAAGCUUGAAAAACACGUCAACCAAGGAGCAUUUAACUGCUUUUUCGACGUCACUCUUUGUGCGUUGGAUAUAAUCUGUGAAACAGCUAUGGGGAAGAACAUCGGAGCUCAAAGUAAUGGUGAUUCUGAGUACGUCCGGACAGUGUAUAGGGUGAGUGAUAUGAUAUACCGCAGAAUGAAGAUGCCCUGGUUUUGGUUUGACCUUUGGUACCUUCUGUUUAAAGAAGGACGCGAACACAGAAGGGGACUCAAGCGCCUACAUACUUUCACCAACAAUGUCAUCGCUGAGCGGGUCAAUGCCAUGAAGGCAGAGGAAGACUGGAGUGCCGGCGGGGGCCCUGAACCCUCCAGAAGAAAGCGCAAGGCCUUUCUGGACUUGCUUUUGAGUGUGACUGAUGAGGACGGAAACAGGUUAAGCCAGGAAGACAUCCAAGAGGAAGUUGACACCUUCAUGUUUGAGGGUCACGAUACAACUGCAGCUGCGAUAAACUGGUCCUUAUACCUACUGGGUUCUUAUCCAGACGUCCAGAGGAAAGUGGACAAGGAACUGGAUGACGUGUUUGGUAGGUCCCUUCGCCCUGUCACCUUGGAAGACCUGAAAAACCUUAGAUAUCUGGAUUGCAUCAUUAAGGAGACUCUUCGGGUUUUCCCCUCGGUCCCUUUAUUUGCCCGGAGUCUUAGUGAAGACUGUGAAGUCGCUGGUUUCAGAGUGGCAAAAGGCACAGAAGCGGUCAUCAUUCCAUAUGCCUUGCACCGAGACCCCAAAUACUUCCCGGACCCCGAAGAAUUCCAGCCAGAGCGGUUCUUUCCCGAGAAUUCCCAAGGACGCCAUCCCUAUGCCUACGUGCCCUUUUCUGCUGGACCUCGAAACUGUAUUGGUCAAAAGUUUGCUGUGAUGGAGGAAAAGACGAUUCUUGCCUAUAUCCUGAGACACUUUUGGGUAGAAUCCACCCAGAAGAGGGAAGAACUGGGCCUGUCUGGAGAUUUAAUUCUUAGGCCAAAUAAUGGUAUCUGGAUCAAACUGAAGAGGAGACAUGAAAAGCCCUAACUUUGUCCUUGGGCUGUGACCUUAUGAUGAAGAUCAUUCCAUAAGAAACACGGUAUUUGCAGUUUUUAUAUUGGGAGCUGAAAACUCUUGAGUCCAUGGACAUAAUGUUUUUUUCUUGCCCCCACUGCUCUUGGGACCCAGUCCGUCACAGUGAGCUUUGUAUGUUUAUUUCCAACAUAGAUGCCAUGUCACACCUGCCCUUGGUCUCAAAGGUAUUCUCAGCUGAGCCAACACCAAAAUAAGCAUAUAAUAAAAAUUAUAGCAGACGGAACCAUCAGCCUAUUCAAUCUCAUUGCUAUAUUCAAAAGAUGCCAUUUAAAUGAAAUUUCAGAAUUAAGAUGUUCUUGUUGACUCUGAAACCCAUAUGAUAUCAUUUGAAAAUGGUGGGUAACCAAGCUCUUCAGCAUCGUGGCCUUAAGAUUUAUCUCAUUAGUUAUGAGAUAGGCAGUUGUCAUAACUCUCGCCGAUUUUAUCAUGAAAAGCAGGUCCCUUACAUGCCUGGCACAAGUGGCAGUCACCUUGCUAACUGUGUGCAAGGUCUUCUUUCUGUUCUUGGGGGAGUCACAAUCACCUUUUAUAUCACGCCACUGGAAAAGAUUCCUCUCUACAACUUCCAACCUCUCAUGGUACCUCAGAAGCUCAGCUAGUGGCCUUCGAAGUUCAAGUAGCCACGGAAAUUCUCUGCUUAUGCCCUGUUCAUUCUAUUAAGAGUAGGAGCAUAGAAUAAAUGGGAUAGUAAAUUUCUGCCCAAGUUCUACUACUAAUUGUGGAUGGCUAGACAUAGAUAAAAUGUCUACACUGGAGCCUCCCCAUUCCCUUUUUGAUAUACUUUCUCCUGAUUUGGCUUUUUGAAACUCAGGAUUGUGAUUUGAUGGAUUAGAACCUUUUAGUAUUUCUUGUAUUUCUUCCACUUUUAGAGGAAGAAAGAAUCUGUUCUUUUAUAUUUAGUAACACCGUAAUAACACUUGGUUCAGGAUUAGACAUCUAAUAAACUCAGCCCUGUGGAAUAUCCUUGCAAAGUUGAUAAUUGAAUUACAUUCCUUAGACUUUAAUCUUGUAUAUAAUACUGCUAUUUCUCAGGUAAUGACUUUUAGACACUUCUUUUUAAUAAAUAUUUUUUAACAGGA